CAUUAACUCGAAACUGGUGUGCGGAUAGAUAAUGAAGCUCUGCGAAUACCAAUCCCCGACCUCACGAUAAAAAUUAAAAUCCCUGGAUCUAGCUGAAACCACACUCCCGUUAACAGUCUUCUUCUUUGAAGAAUCUGCUUCAACUCACAAACCAAGGAGCUAUACGGGUUUGGAAUGAUUAAUUAGUGUGUUUAUCUCAUCGUGGUGUAUUCUUCCAUUUAGAUAAAGAAAUUCGGAAGAUGGGAGGCCGAGGAGUUAUUGGUGAUAAAUGGUCCUCGAGGGUUCUUUGGGCCUGUGCUAUUGGAAGUGUAGUCAGCCUGUAUAUGGUUGUUGUUGAAAGACAAUUACAAAACAGGGAACGAAUGAUGGCUGAAGGUUUAAAGAACAUUGAUGCGGAAUCAGGCGCUGGUGACAAUGUUUAAACAUGUGACUAAAUGCCAAUAAACUCUGCUGUAUUUUCUUUUGAAGAGCUUUCUCACUGUGCUAAGUUGAGCCCCCUGUUAAUGUAGAAGGUUGAAGUUUUCCUCUUGUUUUGUUUUGCAUUUGGAGCUUGAGGGUUCGUCUCUGGUAAUAAUUCAUUUACUUCAGAUGGAUGUUAGUGUUUCAUAGAUCGGGAUUUAACAGUUCACACCAAGAAAUAUAAAGGAGCAGCCUUUUAAUUUUGCUA